AAGGCGAGGCGAAAUGAGCCGAGUCAAGCUGGCAACAUCGAUGCUUGCCAGUUGCACCGGAGGCCGCUCGCGCCGCAGAACUGCUCCGCAGAUGAAGACUCAAUACGGCAGCCGCUGUCCACGGGGGCUCCCAAAGAGCCUCGGACGGGCCGGCCGAGUGGCACGCGUGCCCGCACACCGAUCGCCAGACGCCGAUUCGACCGUCCGUAGUGGCGAGACGCACCCGCCGGCGAACCACACGGAACUCGCCUACAGGAAGGCCGUGGCGAAGCUGAAGCAGCUGCUGGCCGAGUCGUGCACGCCGCCGAGCGGCGCGGCCGACGAUCGCGAGCAAGCCCCGCGGGCCGUGCUGCGCUCGCUCGUCGCGCGCCACGGGGAUCACGUCGAGCAGUUGGAGCAGGAGUCGCGCUACUGCCGGUACGAGCUGUGCGGCCUGGUGCAGCAGAUGCGCAAGGCGGCGGCGGAGAACGAAGCGCUGCAGCGCAGCGGCGCGCCGGCGCCGCGCGCGAGCCAGCUCGAGUUGGAGCGGCUGCACGAGGAGCUGGGCCGCCGGCGGGACGAGCACCGCCACGCCGAGCGCCGCUUCGACCAGCAGCUCAAGCGGCUCGGCGAGGAGCUGCGCCGGCAGACAGGCCAGCUCCGGGAGCAGCUGAGCCUCACGGCGGCACAGGCAGAGGCGGCGCGCGAGCAGCUGGCCGGCCUGCGGCUCGCUGGCGAGGAGGACGAGCGCCGAGCCCGCCGACUACAGGCGGAGCUGGACUCGAGUCGGGCGCGUCUGCAGCGAGCCGAGGCCGCGGUGCUGCAGGCCCGGUGCGAGCAGGCGCGGCUGGGCGAGCGCGCGGCGACGCUGGAGAAGCGGCUCAGUGUCCAGGAGAUUGUGCAGCAGACGCGAGUCGGCGCUACGCGGCCCAGCGACAUAGAUAAGAAGUCGACGUCGCUGAUCUGCAACCUCGAGAGCAAGCCGGCCACCUCAGGGGAGGUCAUCGACGAGCAACAUGAUAACGAAUUGGCGAAUGACAGCGCCGUGCUGGUUUCGUCCAAGAAACGCCGUGUCAAGGUUGAUCUGAAAGUUAAAGUUAUACCCAAAAGGAAGUCCACUCAAUCGGAACCUCCCUUCAAGGCAAAGAAUGCCCAGUCUACGGAGUAAAAUAGAGCGAUGCUUUUCGAGGAGUGAGUUUGGAGCAUUCGCUGAGGACGCUUAUGGUAUGCGAUGGUCGACUGUUGAAUGCACGUCAAGUGCAGAACGUAUGAACGUGACUGCUUCGUUUCUAGAGCUUAUCAGAAUAAGGGUACCGCAAGAUCGUUGCCCAUUUGCAGAAUCCAAUAUUUCUUUAGUCUAAGCAACAAUGCAGUUCGAUCAGAAUUGGCCGUAGGCGCAGCGUUGCUCUCAAAACUCUACGUACUGCGAUCACUAUAGUUUCGUUGAUGACCAAUUGGCAGCAGCGACACACGAACAAUUAGCUGUUUCAAUAUUCAUCAUUACACAACUUUUCCUACAAUUUUAUAUUAUUUUCUUUCUCUUUCCAUUCCAUCAAAUUCAAUAUUUGUUCACUAUUAUGUUAUUAAUCAGUAUAAUAAAUUAU